UUGUCACAGUGAAAAGACAUUUGUUUAAGUGCUGAAAACAAUGAAACUUUCCUCGUAACAGUAUAACAAAUUCAAAGGUACGUGUGGACUUGGCCUUACUUAUACCACGGUGCUUGACCCGUCGAGAUCUGCGAUCCUGGCAAAUAAGAAAAAUAAAACACAAUUUUUGAAACAAAUUCGAACGUAUUUGAACUGUCUGAAUUUGAAAUAGAACACAAAAAGUCAUUCGUGCGAACGUUCGAGAAAAGUUAACGUUGCAUUCUUUUUGACAAGUGAAACAGAUAAUAAAUUCGAGUCGCAGAUUGUAUUGUUCUGUUUUUAAAUUGAAAAAUUAAGGCGCGAAAUGAUAAAGGCGGGAUUGAUUCUGCUUGUUUUUGUGGCGAGCUGUUAUUGUUUGGAAGACGCUGAUUUGCUUUUUGAAGAUGGAAGAGCUAAGAAGAAGAAAAGUCCUGCGAAAUUUAUAGGUAUGAUCCUGCUCUUCUUACUCUCCAAAGUGGCGAUCUUCAAGGCAGUCUCCGUGUUCCUGAUGAUGACGUUGUUCCAGAAACUCUUCGCCAUAGCCGGCAUCUUCCUCCAGCAUUACAUGAAGAAAGAAAGACCAGCACCAGUGUAUGCACAAUAUGACACGGUUGGUUACAGCUAUGGUCCUCCAGAAGAACCGUUGAAGGAAUAUGGCAACGAUUUAGGCUCUUUUGAUUGGCUGUUGAGUAAGAAUAAAUAA